UGCAGUGUGCAGAAUCGCGUAGAGAUGGCGCUAUUCAACUCUUUGCGCCUCCUCUAAACCCGGAAGAGUGGGCUGGACUUUUUUUUCGCGGGAAGUUCUUCUGCUCUGAAGCUGAAUGUUUUGUGUGAAUUAAGCUAACGUUACAUCAGAGAAUAUCGACAAGAGCAGACUAUACAUUCUCUGAUUAAGACAUGGACGACAAGACAAAUAACGGCACAUCACAGCUCGACGGUGAAGGUCUGACAAAGAAGAGGCAGGACUACCUGGAGUGGCCUGAGUAUUUCAUGGCUGUUGCCUUCUUAUCAGCACAGAGGAGCAAAGAUCCCAGUUCUCAGGUUGGUGCCUGUAUCGUGAAUCAAGAGAACAAGAUAGUGGGUAUUGGCUACAAUGGAAUGCCCAACGGUUGUGACGAUGACCUCCUUCCCUGGUCUCGCAGUGCUGAUAACAAGCUGGACACCAAAUACCCCUAUGUGUGUCAUGCAGAGCUGAACGCCAUCAUGAAUAAAAACUCGGCAGAUGUCAAGGGUUGCACUAUGUAUGUAGCACUCUUCCCCUGCAACGAGUGUGCUAAACUCAUUAUUCAAGCAGGUAUAAAGGAUGUGAUCUAUUUGUCAGACAAAUACCAUGACACUCCAGAAAUGACUGCCUCAAGACGGCUGCUUAACUUGGCGGGCAUCACGUACAAGCAAUUCAAGCCUAAACAAGGAAAGAUUGUUAUUGAUUUUAAUUCAAUCAGCCUCCCCGGAUUGAAAACUUCCAGUGGAUUUGAGGACGUACAGUCAUCAUAGACCAAGGAAUUUGGAGCAUGACACUAAGUAUUCAUAAAACAGACACAUUGUUCAUCUUGCUUAUGUACUGGUAAAGGUCUUUAUGGGUUUGUGAGUGAUUACUAAAUAGAUGUAGUUCACUGUCAUGCACUUUUUGUUUUAAAUCUUUGUUUCUUCAAAUCUUGAAGCUUGCUGCAAUUGAUAAUAGUUAAUGUUUUGAAAUGUGUUACUUUUAUGUACUUUUAUGCAUAAUAUUAACAUUUUUAUCAAUUUAUUUGCAAAACAGCAGCCAGUUAGUGACCUUGGCUGAUGUGCCUAUUUUAAAUUGAUUCAUUUAGAGUUUUGGAUUUAUGAUGAGUGGAUGCCACCUUUAACCAAAUCAAAUGUAUUAUUUACUUUUGUCUUUUAAUCCUGUUUGUAUGCUGUAUGACAAGACUGAUUAGAUGUUGAUGUUAAUUUCACAAAUACAAAAACCGUAAAUUACCCUUCCCUUCAACUAUCAACCACUGAUGACUGUUUUGCUCAUAUUCAUAAGCUUUUGUAUGUACCGUAGCAGAUAAACCUCAUUAUGUCAAACUGCAAUCCACACAUGUUGUGUUGAGUCCACAACUUCAGGUUUUAAUUUUAAAAAAGAGGAGACUUGCAUUUUAAAGGGAGCCGUUUGCAACUGUUGGGUAUCAUUAUACCAGGAUCACGCUCUCAAAAUAAAAACUGAAUAAAAUUA